AUGUCAAGAAAACGCAAAGGGGCUGAUUUGAGCCGCAGUACAAGUAAAGCUCGAAAUUUGCGAAAUAGCAGAUCCGAAAGAACAGAAGAACAAAUCCAGCAACAAAAUACUGAUGCACGUGUCAGAAUGGCGCAAUUGCAUCAAGAAGAGCCAGAAGAUACACGAGCUGAACGCAAUGAAGUCAGAAGAUUAGAACAACGACAAUCACGCCGUUUCACAGUCAAUAGACGAAGAACAAAUGACCAACAACGACAACAGGUACAUCGAGCAUUUAUAUCUGAUUCAUUCCUGCGUCUAGCAUUCCAGUAUGAGCCCGAUAUUGAAUAUUAUGCUCAUUCAAAAGUGGUAAUUGGUGCUAUGGACAAGGAAUGUCCGCAUUGUCAUGCUCUGAAAUUCAAAAAUGAGCCAGCUGGGAUGUGUUGCGCGUCAGGAAAAGUGCAACUACCUGAAAUUGAAACACCACCUGAACCAUUGAACGGCUUACUUAUCGGCACGGAUCCAGAUUCUAACGUGUUCCUGAAGUCAAUUCGAAGAUUCAAUUCAUGCUUUCAAAUGACAUCGUUCGGAGCAACAGAAAAAGUUCGAAAUACUAAUGCAAAUGGUCAACAAUUCAAUUCUACAUUCAAAAUCAGAGGCCAAGUUUAUCAUAAAAUGGGCUCACUGCUGCCAAUGCCAAACGAACCACAUAAAUUCUUACAAAUCUACUUUAUGGGCGGCGAGGAUUCCGGAAGCGCACUUGCCAAUCGCGUGAAUGCACGUUGUGAUUAUAAUAACCUUGAUUCACUUUAUGCCAGGCGCAUCGUCAGCGAGCUAGAUGCUCUUUUGAACGAGCACAACGAGUUGUUGAAAAUAUUCAAAUCACAUAUGCACCAAUUACAAAGCGAUAAUCACGCUAUCGUCAUUAAUCCUGAUAAAACACCAGCUAGAGAGCAUAUUCGUAGAUUCAAUGCACCCGUUGUUGAUGAUGUUGCUGGAAUCAUGGUUGGCGAUUGUACAGCUGCACGAGAAAUUCUGAUUCGUAGAAGAAAUAAUAAUCUUCAGUUCAUUGCUGACACACAUCGUUCAUAUGACGCUCUCCAAUAUCCGCUAAUAUUCUGGAAGGGACAAGACGGAUAUUGCAUAAACAUAAAACAACGAGAUCCCGUAUCAGGAGCUGAAACAAACAAGAACGUUAGCUCAAAGGAUUAUUAUGCGUACCGAUUAAUGAUUAGACGUGGCCUGGACAACGUCAUUUUACGAUGUCGUGAGCUUUGUCAACAAUUCAUGGUCGACAUGUACGCGAAGAUUGAGAGCGAACGACUACGAUACUUACGAUAUAAUCAACAAAAGCUGCGCGCGGAAGAGUACAUUCAUUUGCGAGACGCUAUCAACAACAACGCCGACGUCGCCGAAAUUGGUAACCAUGUCAUUUUACCAUCAUCGUACGUAGGCAGUCCACGUCAUAUGCAAGAAUAUAUACAGGAUGCUCUGACUUUCGUGCGCGAAUAUGGACGACCAUGUUUAUUUAUCACGUUCACAUGUAAUCCAAAAUGGCCAGAGAUUACAUCUUUGCUACUGCUUGGCCAAAAUGCAAUACAUCGCCAUGACAUUACAGCACGUGUGUUCAGACAAAAGUUGAAGUCUUUAAUAAGUUUCAUUACUAAAUCACAUGUAUUUGGUCCCACACGUUGCUGGAUGUAUUCGGUUGAGUGGCAAAAGCGAGGAUUACCUCAUGCACACAUUUUGGUUUGGUUCAUCGACAAAAUCCGUCCUGAAGAAAUCGAUAGUAUCAUUUCUGCGGAAAUUCCAGAUCCAUCCACUGACCAACUGCUGUUUGAUAUUGUUACAACAAACAUGAUUUAUGGUCCAUGUGAUUUUACCAAUGAUACGGUCACAAAUGUCGACGGAUACCCAAUAUAUCGUCGAAGAAAUCCUGAAAAUGGUGGACAGUCAUUUAUUAAAAAUAUCAUCAACACAGACAUUGAUAUUGGCAAUCGUUGGGUGGUGCCAUAUUCGCCUCUGCUGAGCAAGACAUAUAAUGCUCAUAUUAAUGUUGAGUUCUGCAGUUCUGUGAAGAGCAUCAAAUACAUUUGCAAGUAUGUCCAUAAAGGCAGUGAUAUGGCUGUGUUUAGAGUGGAAAAUACUAAUGUGAAUGCUCCUCCAGUGAAUAAAAACGAUGAAAUAACGCUCUACCAAAUUGGUCGGUACAUCAGCUCCAAUGAAGCUGCUUGGCGUAUCUUUGGUUUUCCAAUUCAUGAACGGGAUCCAGCAGUUGUUCAGUUAGCCAUCCAUCUUGAAAACGGUCAGCGUGUAUUUUUCACGAACGAGACAGCGAUUGAUCGUGCAAUAAAUCCACCUAAAACAACACUCACUGCAUUUUUUGAAUUGUGUAAUCGUGCGGAUGAUUUUGGUGCCUUUGCACGAACAUUACUCUAUUCACAAGUACCACGCUAUUUCACAUGGACUCAAACAAAAACAUGGAUGCCCCGCAAGCAAGGCUCACCAUUUGCUGCAUGUCUCAAUUUAUUUAAAUCAAACGCCUUGGGGCGAUUAUUUACAGUCAAUCCAAGACACACGGAGUGCUUUUAUCUUCGACUGUUGUUGGUUAAUGUUACUGGCCCAUUAUCAUUUCAAGAUAUACGUAAAGUGAAUGGGCAACAAUAUCCAACGUAUAAGGAUGCAUGCCUUGCAUUCGGCUUGCUGGAAGACGACAACCAUUGGGAAUGCAUGCUUGCUGAAGCUGCAUUGAACUGUACAGCAAUACAAAUUCGUCAUAUAUUCGCUAUAGUGUUGACUACAUGUUUCCCAGCCCGAGCACAGAUAUUAUGGGAAAAUCACGAAGAUUCAAUGACUGAUGAUAUAUUGCAUCAACAUCGUAUACGGUGCCACGAUCUAACCAUAACAUUCAGCGACGAAAUGUACAAUGAAGCAUUGAUUGCUAUUGAGGAUCUUUGCAUUGUCAUUGCCAACUUACCACUUAGUAAUUUCGGUAUGAAUUCGCCAAAUCGAACUGCAUCUGAUUUAAUGAAUACUGAAAUGAAUCGUGAACUGCAGUACAGUACUGUAGAAAUGGCAGCGAUUGUUGCCCGCAAUGUCCCACUAAUGAAUGAGGAACAAAGAACCAUUUAUGAUCGCAUUAUGCUCGCAGUUUCAGCUGGACAAGGUGGGUUCUUCUUUUUGGAUGCACCGGGUGGAACUGGCAAAACAUUCGUUAUUUCGCUAAUUCUUGCUGAAAUACGACCAAAUAAUGGCAUCGCAUUGGCCGUUGCAUCAUCGGGCAUUGCAGCAACUUUAUUGGAUGGAGGUAGAACAGCUCAUUCAGUAUUUAAGCUGCCACUAAAUAUUCAGAAUAGCCCUGACGCAGUAUGCAACAUUUAG